UAUACACAUACAUGUGAAAUUUGCUUUAAUUAUACACAUACUAUUACGUGGUAGUAAUAUUUCGCAUCAAAUGGGGGGGGGGGGGAGGGAUCUGUAAGAUCCCAUGUUCUGUGAUCUGGUAGCUCUGCAAUUCAUCUAGGUUAUGUUAUGAUCAAGUAAUGGUAUCAUAUGUGAUCGUGCUGAAAUAUAAAAAGGAGCAAAUAUAUAUUAAUCGUUUAAAAAAUAUAUUUUAAAUAAAAUUACGAACAAUUUAGAGUCAUGGGGAAACCACGAAUUCAUUUUGACCAAAGUAAGCAGGAACGUAUAAAUUUGACAAUUGUUGAAAUUAUACAGGAACUAUUAAAAGCACACAAAGAAAAUCAAGAUGUUGAUUUAAACAAAUUAAAGAUGCGAAUUGUUGCAAAAUAUGGCUUGGAUUCUCCUCCAAGAUUAGUUGAUAUUAUUGCAGCUGUACCUAAUGAUGUUAGGAAUAUACUCAUACCGAAAUUGAAAGCUAAACCUAUUCGGACUGCUAGUGGGAUUGCUGUUGUAGCAGUAAUGUGCAAACCACACAGAUGUCCACAUAUUAACAUGACGGGAAAUAUUUGUGUUUAUUGUCCCGGAGGUCCAGAUUCUGAUUUUGAAUAUUCAACACAAUCAUAUACAGGAUACGAACCUACAUCGAUGAGAGCUAUACGUGCGAGAUAUGAUCCUUUCUUACAAACUUCGCAUCGUAUUGAGCAGUUAAAGCAAUUAGGUCAUGAUGUCGACAAGGUUGAAUUUAUCGUUAUGGGCGGUACUUUUAUGUCUUUGCCAGAUGAUUAUAGAGAUAAUUUUAUUAAAAAUUUACAUGAUGCUCUUUCUGGUCAUACAAGCGCUAAUGUUGAUGAAGCAGUAAAAUAUUCAGAACACAGUAAAACAAAAUGUAUUGGCAUCACUAUUGAAACUCGGCCUGAUUAUUGUCUCAAAAAACAUCUCUCAGAUAUGUUACGUUACGGAUGUACACGUUUAGAAAUUGGUGUACAAUCUAUAUAUGAAGACAUUGCGCGUGAUACUAACAGGGGACAUACAGUACGUGCAGUAUGUGAGAGUUUUCAAUUAGCAAAAAAUUCUGGAUUCAAAGUAAUAGCUCACAUGAUGCCGAAUUUACCAAAUGUUGAUUUAGAACGAGAUAUCUUUCAAUUUAAAGUAAUGUUUCUACAUAU